AUGAAUACUAGUUAUAAUCUUGAUAAUGGGGAAUCACAAAAACAGCCACCACAGACUUGGAAUAUAAAAGAUCUAAAUCAAAAUGUUGAAUUAUUUGAUAGAAGUCCUUUUUCAUCAACUGGUAGCCUGAUUAUGCCUACCAACGUUUCUAUUAAAAGUGAAAAUGAUAAAGAAAUUCAAUAUUCAGAAAAUUUCGUUCAUAAUUCGUCUCCUCGGGAGAAAGAAAUAUUUUCAGAUACCGAGUUGUCAACGCCAAACUUCUAUAAUCUUUCACCACCACAAAGACGUCGAACGUUAUCAGGUAUAUCAAGACAUCAAGAAAGUUCUUAUGAAGAACGUGAAAAUGAUUUUGAUAGGGUAAGAAUCGGUCAUGCGGGGAAGGGAUUUAGUAGUCUAAUUAGUGAUGAGAGAAGCAAAGAAAUUAAAAAGUUAAUUGAAAACGUAAAAGAUGAAGAUGCAUUCAGAUUAGCACAAAUAACACAAAGACAUGCAAAUGCCAAUCUUCAAAGUCGUCGAAAUUCAAAUUUUGAAGAUUAUAAUCAUGGAAUUCGAUCAAAUAAAAUUACUUCAUCCAAAGAUUGCAAAAAAUUUUUUGAAGAAAAAUAUUUUACCAUUUUCAAAAUAAUUAAUAAUAAUGGAAUUUACAAUCCACUUAAAUGCGUGAAAAAUCGUCGGAUAAAUAUGACAAAUCUUGAUGAUAGUAAUAAUGACUCUUCUACUAGUUUAAUAUCAAAUAGUCGAGGAAAAAAUAAUAAUAUAAUGGGUCGACAAAAAGGAACAAAUAUUUGGAACAUUUCACCUGCGGAAAUUUUAUACGAAUAUGAGAAAAAAAAUAAUAUUAUUAAUUCAAAAUCGUCUCAUUUAACUAUUGAAACGAUACCUGAAUUGAGUUCACCGACAAAUUUUAGAAAUUUUAGAAAUUCUAGAAGUAAAAUAAAAAAACAUUCAAAAGCUUUAAGUUUAAAUAAUAUAGGACAGGACAUAAACAAUAAUGAUGAACAAAAUAAAUCAAAAAGAUGGUCAUUACAUUUAUUUAAACGAAAAGAUAAAAAACUUAAAAGAAAAUUUUCAAAGAAAGAUAAUAAAUCUGGAAAAAUUGAUGAAAUACUUGACGAUGAUGAUGAUGUACAUUUACAUUUAUCAAAUUCCCAAAAGAACUUGAUUGAUUCAUCGUCUAGUGAUCAUACUUCUCGAAGUUCAGCAGAAUAUUCUCGUUCUUUAUCCGAUCGAGAACAAUUAAAUUUAGAAGAAGUUAUUAAUAAUGACUUAAAUUCACGUCAAAACGUGUUACAUGAAGAAAAAUAUAAAAGUGUGGGAAAAUUUGAAAAAGAAGAAUCAACAGAUACAAGUAGUCAAAGGGAUUCAUUAGAUACUUCCGCAGAAUUUAGUGAUAAUCAAUCAUCUGAUUCCGAAAAUAUUCAGGUUGAGUCAAUAAGAAAUCCAGAAAUUCUUAUUACGAUGAGUGAAGAUAUUGAUUAUUUACCUCAAGGAGAAAAAGGAUAUUCAGAUACGUACCGAUCUUCAAGUGCUGAAUAUGAAAAUGAUAGUGAUGAAGAGGAUUACGAACCAUAUUUUAUUCGUGAAACAGUUCAUGUUAAUCUCGAUUAUUUGCCAGAUGAUCUUGUCCAAUUAAUUUCAUCAUACCAAAAAGAAGGAAUAAUACCAAAAAAUGAAGAUAACAGUCAUUACGUCGAAUUGGAUCUUGGGAAAGAUCUGUUUAAAUUUAAGAAAUUUAAUAAACAUGUUAAACAUGGAGAUGAUUUAUUGAAUAUAUGUGUGUCACUUGUUACAAAUUCGAAUAGGAGUAUUGAUUUGCAUGAAGUAGAAGAAUCAAUAGCACGAUAUGAUUAUCUUCAAUCACCCGUUUGUAAUAAAUCUUUUCAUUUUCCAAGCAAAAUACAAUAUACAGAAACAGAACAUGAAUUAAAAGAUCGUAUUGAUAGAGGAUCAGAAUCCUUGAAAAAUUCAACUGAUGACAUGGAAAAUAUUGUUAAAAGAUUAGAAAGUCAACAUAAUAACAUUACAGAAGAAAUGAAAAUCAUGUUGAAUGAAAUUGAAAAAAUAACAAAUGAAGUUAAUAAAGAUUAUUUUAAUGAGUUACAAAAUCUAGAAGAUGAAAUUCAAUUUUUGAUUGCAGAAAAAGAAAAUUCACCUUGGUUGGAAACAUUUUAUUCAAUGAUGUCAUAUGAAUUAUGUUUAUGCUUUGGUUCAUUGUAG